GUCGAGGGCGCGGCCAUGGCGGGCAAGGGCGAGGGCGAGGGGAUGCGCAGGAAGUCGAGGCGCCGAGGAGGGCGUCGCACUCGCCGCGGCGAGCAUCAGAUCAAGGCGUGGAACAGCAAGGACAGAAAUCUAUUAGCACUCCUCCAGGCGACGCUCAAGCUUUUCCUCCAGACGGCCCACAGGAACCGCUUGGCCUCUUCAGUCGCGAUCGACACCUACACGAUGCCGUCCAAGCACGUGAUGAUCAGCCACAUCAGCGCCGAGCUGGAGGGGUACAAGAGCCUGCUCGACUCCCUGCGGACGGAGGGCGCGGAGGGCAAGGGCCUCAUGGAGUGCGACAUACGCGGCGGCAUCAAGAACGAGAUACGGACCUACCUGCACAGGUGCUCCCCCGAGGACGCGGAGGCGGAGCCCGACAUCGACAAAUCGGACCUGGAAGUCGCCGUCAGCUUCAUUCGCCUGGAGAGCUGCUACGGCACGCAGAAGAUGAAGGUCAUCGUGGGCGCCCCCAGCUGGGAGGGGCGCGCUCUCAUCCAGAGGGCGCUGAAGGCAGAGGCAGUCGCGACGCGCCACAAGGGGGUGGCCCCUGCAGGCUGGCUCGAGGGCGAGGUGGGCCAUUGGCUGGAGACGAUUAGCGACAACCUCUA